UUGAAAGACAUCAUCAGAAGAAUAAGCUGGUAAAUUCUAGAAGAAGAAGAGUCAAACUGAGCACCUACAAAACCAUGGAAAAUACAUAAAAACCAUAGAAAAAUCUAAACGAAAAUCAAGAACGAAAAAAAUGGCGUUGGUCCCUUCUGCCACGGUGAACGAAGGCCCAAUCUUCGCCGAGGUCGACAUGGGCGCCGACUCCUCCUCUCCCACCGUCCGCGCCACCGUCGUCCAGGCCUCCACCAUCUUCUACGACACUCCCGCCACUCUUGAUAAGGCGGAGAGAUUGUUGGCCGAGGCAGCAGUGUAUGGCUCUCAGCUCGUUGUGUUUCCCGAGGCAUUCAUUGGCGGUUACCCUCGUGGUUCGAAUUUUGGAGCUACCAUUGGGAAUAGGACUGCCAAGGGUAAAGAGGAAUUCCGUAGGUACCAUGCCUCUGCCAUUGAUGUUCCUGGACCUGAAGUUGAGCGAUUGGCUGCAAUGGCUGGAAAGUACAAGGUAUAUCUGGUUAUGGGUGUAAUAGAAAGAGACGGUUAUACGCUCUAUUGUACUGUACUGUUUUUUGAUUCUCAAGGUCAUUACCUUGGAAAGCACCGAAAAGUCAUGCCAACAGCUCUGGAGCGAAUCAUAUGGGGCUUUGGAGAUGGAUCUACAAUUCCUGUUUUUGAGACUCCUAUUGGAAAAAUUGGUGCUGCUAUUUGUUGGGAGAAUAGAAUGCCACUUUUAAGAACAGCCAUGUAUGCUAAAGGCAUUGAGAUAUAUUGUGCUCCGACGGCUGAUGCAAGAGAGGUAUGGCAAGCAUCAAUGACCCAUAUUGCGGUAGAGGGUGGAUGUUUCGUUUUGUCUGCCAAUCAAUUCUGUCGAAGGAAGGAUUAUCCCCCACCUCCAGAGUAUGUAUUUUCAGGUACAGAAGAAGACCUUACUCCAGAUUCUGUUGUCUGUGCUGGAGGAAGUGUCAUUAUAUCGCCAUCAGGAACAGUUCUGGCAGGACCCAAUUAUGAUGGGGAGGCUCUCAUCUCAGCUGAUCUAGAUCUUGGAGAAAUAGUGAGGGCGAAAUUUGAUUUCGAUGUGGUCGGACACUAUUCAAGGCCCGAAAUCCUUAGCUUGAUUGUGAGAGACCAUCCAACAAAUCUAGUUACUUUCACAUCUUCUUCCAAGACAGAAGGCUCUCAGAAGUCAUAGUUGUUUCUUUGCCAAAUUGGAUUUCAGCUCUCAAGAUGUAAGCUAUCUUCACUAAUAACUGGAUGGAGCCUUGUUUUAACCUAGUUUACAUUAGUUGGCAGUUGCAUUGUGACUGUAUAUUCCUGUAUAGACACAACAUGUCUUUGCAGUGUAACAUUUGUGCUUUAAUAAGUCUAAAUUCUUACUUUUUGACGUCAGAAUUUGGUUGUAAUAAACCAAAAAUUUAAAUGGGUCUCAAUGUUAAAUCUUUGUAUUGCCAGAAAUUUGUUUUUUUUGGUUUAUUUUAUUUUUGUAAGUUA